AUGCAAGUGACCCAGCAUACUACAUCUGUGUGCCAAGUUACUGAUAUAUUGGCUCAGCAGUAUGCUUUUGAGAAUUCUGAAAUAUGUCGCUUUCUAGUUCAACAUGGCGCGGACGUUGAUGAUGUGGCCUAUUGCGACCAUAUAGCAGAUUUGAACUUGGUCACGAGGGCGCAAGCGACGCCAUUGUUUCUCACCACUAGGUCAUCGUCAUGCUACAUCUUUGAGCAUUUGCUCAUGGCUGGUGCAGACCCAACCAUCGAGGCGCAUUUAUCGAAGGGAGUUUUCAGGAGAAACCGUCCGCUAUGGAGAUCAAUCUUAUUCAGUAGAUCGGUAAUGAGUUACUUCGGCCUCUUGAUUAAGUUAAGAGGCGAUUUCAUCGACAUCAACGAAGUAAGAAAAACAGGUGGCAGUAUGCUACAUGAGUGCUGUUUGAACUCAGAAUUUGACGCGAUGCGUACUCUGAUCGAUCACGGUGCAACAGUUGAUGCGCGAGACGACCGUGGGUGUACUAGUUUACAAUAUCUGGUGUCUCACAUACGACUUGUCGGAGGUUCCAUUGAAAACGACCAACGAUCACUGGUGUAUCUUAUCGAAAGCGGUGCAGAUAUAUCUUCUCGAGAUGAUGGCGGUUGGUCUAUUUGGGACACUGCGGUGCGAAACCGCCGAAGAGGUAGCUAUGCACGCGACAUGUGGGAUUUUGCACUGGCGUACAGUGGUUAUCAUUCAGAAAUGGAGGCGUUUUUGCAAGACCACCCUCGGCAUGCCUCGUAUUGCAGACGGGGUUACUCGCGGACCGACUUUGAAAGUAUGUGGGAGGGAAUGGAGCAUAUGUGCCCGUACUAUGAACAUGAAGAUCUGGGCUUGGAUUCCGCCUCUGUGAUGUCAUCAAACCAGCCUGAAUCUUCCCCAAGUUUUAUGUCUUCAGACACAGAAGCUCAAGCAUUGCAAAAAGUGGACAGUGGUAUCUACGAGGAUCCGGGUUACCAACAGACAGAGACAUGCCAGAUGGAUGCGAUAGCUGAGACCUGUACAUCGAGAAACGUGAUGGAUUUGUCUCCUGGUACACCUCGGGGGAAAGGAACACAUGUCACUAGAAAUUCAGCAAUUGCUACACUGGAAGAAGUUUAUCUAAACCCUUGGGCUGAAGGUUGA